AUGGUGAUAGUUGAAUUAAGCAUUGGUCAAUUAGCUGGAUUAAUUGGUAUUUUUAGUGCUAUCCUACCAAUUAUUAUUUCUGUGUUAGGCACCAUAUCAAUAUUAUUGAGCAUCAAUGAUAAAAUGAUGGCUUUAGAGUGGACAACUUUAAGUAAAGUGGCUGGGGCAAGUCUGCUUAAUAUUUAUGGAACAGGUGGCCAACCUGCUUUAACAGGAAUUAAAUUAUGGGACAUGGGAUCAUAUAAACGUAAUAUACUUUACAUACUUGUUGGGGUAUCUUUAAUAGCAUUAUUUGGAGUAUCAGCUAUUGCACCACUUGGUAUUUAUACAUGUGAAGUAACAUAUGAUAUAACAUCUGUUGAUGCUGAUGUUAUCAAUGCUGAUCCAUUAUUGGAUAGUGCAAUUAAUAACACAUUUUCUCUGAAGGAGCUAACAAGCAUUAGGGUAUGUGGUGGAAUUGACUACCAACCAUGUCCAGGAAUGAAAGAUAGGUUGCAUGUUGAUGAAGAAUAUGCAAUUGAUUUUAACAGAACAUACAGUAACAAUGCAAUGAGAUAUCGUCUGUUGAAAACUAGUAGCAAUUAUAAUAUUUCAUAUCCUUCCUAUGAUUUUAUGAUGUUGAGUGCAACAAGUGUACAAAAGGAGGGUUAUGGAAUUAUUGACACAAUGGUUGCAGAUCAUGAUAAUGGUGGACUUUUAAUAAAUAAUGUAAUUGAGCCCAAUUUAAAAACCAAUGGAAGUCUUGGCUGGUCAAUUCAAGGUUUAUGGUUGCAACCACAUGUCAGUUGUCAUUCAACAAAUAUUACAAUAAUUUCAUGGGAAAACAAUACCGCCUCUUGGAUAGGCUAUGCAGUUAUUAACAACACUGAUAUAAAUUCAUUGGGUAUAAAUCCAAUUGGUGAUCGAGGCCAAUUGACUGAUCUUCCAGCAAGAAGCAUCAGGUAUAGUCAGCUGAUACAAUCUCUUAUUAUGCAAGAAUUAAAUAUGACAGCAAAUGGAACUUUUUUUGAGUCACCAGUUCUUAAAGUUAAUUUUAUGGAGCCAAAAACUGUUAAUUCAGGAAAAUCAUUUGAUGGUUAUUUUGAUUAUAAUGUUAAGUUUAACUCAACACUUAGCUUGAAUGCUGAAAUUCGGUGUAAAGGAUAUGGCGGAGCAGACAAUGUUACAGAAAAUGUAGUUGGUGUUGACUGCUGGACAUUACUUGGAUUUCCCAUACAUACUACACGAGGAAUUGAACAAACUUUGUACAGCUGUGCUAGUGUAGUUGAAGCAAGUGUAAAGACCAUCAAAUUUCAAUCCAGUACAACAGGUGCAACUAAUGUAACAGACGUGCAAACUAUUCCAGCACAGUGGUAUAUUGAAAAGGGAGCUCUUAAUAUUACUGACAUGGACCCUUGGUGGGGAGGAAUUGAAUUUGGAGAAAAACUUCCUAAUAAUAGUUUAUUAGUAAGCGAAAAUACUCUUUUAUUACCAGCAGGAGCUUCCAACAUAUGGGGUACUAAUGCCGAUGCAAAUGCUGCUUCUGCUCCUGCUAUUGCAGUCCACAUGAUGAUUAGCCUUGAGGAUAGUGUAAAUGGUUAUCGAGGAGAUGGGAUUGGAAAUUUGGCUUUAUUACAACAAUGGAAAAAAGAAGGAUUAACUGAAAAAGGUAUAAGUGGUAUGUACAAACGCCAGUGGAAUGAUAUUAUGAUCAAUAUGGUGACUCCUACCAACCAGGCUAAAAUUGUCGGUAGCACUCAAUUUACAACCGAAAAAACAUGCUAUGAUAUACGUUUUGCUACACAGUACUUGAUAGCCAUGUUUGGGCUAAUCAUUAUAUUCUGCAUAUUUUUAGCAAGUCUUAGUUCUUUCAAUUCAUUAAUUAAAAUUAAACAUGUUAUUCGGCAAAUGGAUCUUGGUAGAGCAAUAUUAAAUGUACAAGGAUGUGGAGAAGCAAACACAGUUGGUUCAUCACGAUGGGUAAAAAUAGAUGGUAAAAAAUUAAUAUUAUUGGGCGAAAAUGGGUUUGAAAAACUUGAAAACCCUUAA